AGGAGAAUUAGAAAGUUGGGGGGAAACUCGAGUACUUUCUAUUGCAUCUGGUCUUCAGCUGUAACACCGGCCUAGUCCUCCGUCGCUCCUCGCAGGACAUCUAUAUGAGCGAGAAAGCAGAGGUUGCCUGAGUUUUGAGAACAGCUGUCAGUCUCAGCAUGGCCGGGGGCUCGGUGUCCGAGUGCAAGGAGUACUUGUUUAAAGUGCUGGUGAUCGGAGAACUAGGUGUGGGCAAGACCAGCAUCAUCAAACGCUACGUUCACCAACUUUUCUCGCAACACUACAGGGCGACGAUCGGGGUCGACUUUGCACUCAAAGUUAUCAACUGGGACAGCAAAACGCUGGUCCGGUUACAGCUGUGGGACAUCGCAGGUCAAGAGCGAUUUGGGAACAUGACACGGGUGUACUACAAAGAAGCCGUGGGGGCAUUUGUGGUGUUCGAUGUAACAAGGGGCUCCACAUUUGACGCCGUGUCUAAGUGGAAGCAUGACCUAGACAGUAAGGUGAAGCUGGCUAACGGCAACCCCAUCCCCUCAGUGCUGCUCGCCAAUAAAUGUGACCAGAAGAAAGAGAACUCCAACAACACAGCUCUAAUGGACAAUUUCUGCAAAGAAACUGGCUUUCUGGGCUGGUUUGAAACCUCGGCUAAGGACAACAUCAAUGUGGAUGAAGCUGCUCGAUUCCUGGUAGAGAACAUCUUGGCUAACGACAAAGGUUUGCCAUAUGAGGAGAGCAAUGGAGACCGGAUCAAACUGGACCAGGAGACUGUGGCUGCUGAGAGCAAGUCAGGCUGCUGCUAACACUCAAUCCAUUCACAUUAGCCUGCCUUUGGCACCCAUCCAGCCUGUGGCUUCUGCUCUCUAUUGCAGCCUUGGAGAGGAAUAUAUUUUUUGGGGUUGUUGUUUUUUUUUGUUUUUUUUUUGUGAGUCUUCAAAGCUCCAGGAACUUCUCUCUUCACUGAUGCCCAUUUGACCUCUGUAUCCGUAGUUUUUACACAGAUACAUUUUAUUUAGAUUUGCCUUAACUGCUCCCCUUCUUGUAUCUACACGACUCUUUUCUGGAUCUUCGGUGCUGUCUUCAUGUUACGGUGCAUUUCACCACCACCAACAAACCUCGCCUCACUCACUCACCCCUUGUUGUUCUGACAGCCUCUGAAGGCUCGAGACUGUAUCACACUGAAGAAGGGUUCAAUCUAAGCAAAAGGCUGAGAAACCCAAGCUCUAAAAUAACCUGUAGCCUUUCAAAGUCUGUGUGUUUUCUUUGCUGUACUUUCUCUCAGCGUCCUUCUGUUUAUUUUAGUCACCCAGCAACAAAAAAGUGUCUCAGAACCAACGCAGGUGGACUUUAAUGGCCCUUAAUUUUUCAUCUUACAGCAGCAAACCAUGUUUGUGUCUGUAGCUUUUCUCUUUUUUAGAGUACCGUGUAAAAAAGCAAGUAAAUGGGCAUCUUAGUUAAGUAUUAUCUUAUUACAAAUGUGUUGUCUUAAUGCCAUAUUUUCUCUAAAAGUGCCUUAGUUGAUUCAUAUUUUAAUGAGGCAAUGGAUCGCGCAUUUACUUUACACAGAAGUAUACAGUCGGACAAUGAAGUAUUUCAGUAAUAAGAGUAAUAAUAAAAACUUUAAUGAUUGUACUAAAUGAGACAAUAGGAAACCUUUCUUUGAUUGUCUCUCCACUGGUAUGAUAGUAUGUUCAUGUAUGUUUCAGUAUGCAUUUUUAAAUUGUGUUAGAUUAUGUAUUGUAUAACUUUGGAAUUUGUGAAAAGCAAAAACAGACUACAGGGACUACACUCAGUCGUCUUUUUGGAUGCUAAUCUGUUGAACUGUUCAGAUGAAAUGCAAAGGAUUUUUUUUUUUAAACACGUUUACAUGUAGAAAUACUUAAAAAAACAAACAAAAAAACUCAAGACCAAAACUAGAAUAAACAUUUG